AUGUCUGAUAACGUUCAUUCUUCAAGCCGAAUCUUCAAUGAUAUUAUGUUAUCUCGAAGAUUUACAAGUUGGGACAAUUUUGAGACCUGUUUGAAAGAAGUACAUAAGUAUACGCAUACUAAGUACGUUAUGUCAGUAUGCAAAAAGAACAGUGAUGAUCCAACUCUAAAGUACUUUUUCGUGAGAUAUGUCUGUACAUAUGGACGUAAACGCAGUUCGUCAGAGUCAGAUGCUUGCGUUCAGGAUGUAGAUGAUGAUGGUAAUAAUCAUUCUUCUGAAGAGCAUACAACUUCUAACUCGCCAACACAACCUAGGCAAAGGAGACGACGUCGGUCAUCUACGUAUGCCUUACUUCAAGUGAAUUUAUCCUUCAAGUCGAAAUAUUGCCACUGUAAAUCAGGAUUUUGGGUCCGGGCACUGAAUGGUGAGUUGAAACUCACCUCUAUUAAAACCGUGCACAACCAUCCUUGCACAGAAGGAUAUAUUUCUGUCGAUCCAUCGAAACGACAGCUGACCUCAAGUGA